AUGAGCAGGGGGAAAGGUCGCGCCCGAACUAGGGAGCUCAGCGAGUCAUGGGCGUCUUUGUCGUAUGCUGAGGAUCAAGAUCUCGGACAGUCUUCAAGCCAGGACAGCGACGCCCCUUCCCACAAAGACGUCCAGCGUGCAAAGAAGAGCUCGGCGCGCAACAGUCCACCGCCACAGUCCUCGGGAAAGGCACGGUCCGCCACCCCCUCUACACCUGUACCCCGCAACCCCCCGAAACGCCGUGUCUCUCAGCCCUCUGCAGAACUCGAGUUCGUCAUGCCUUCUUCGCCCGACGGCUCGUUUGGGGGCUCUCCGAUGCACAGCUCGCGCCGUCCGCGACGCGUCUCCCAGUCUAUUGCCGAGGACGACGAAUCGGCGGACCUGAGGCAGAGGAAGCGGAGGUCUCGAACGAUGCAACGGGUGUCGUCUUCAGAGGACAAAAUUGAUGCCUCUACACCUCUCGGGUUGCUCUGGGCCAAUGUGCUGGGGCCCAUAAGCAGCUAUUUGCUAUCCGUCCUGUGUUUUACCUUGAACGUCUUGAAACCCCUAUUCUCCAUCGCCCUCGCUGUCGCUUUCGUCGCCGCAUUCUUGUCAUUUGCCCGGUAUUGGAUUACUACCAGCGUUUCCACUGCGCUAACCCCGAUCUGCACCGUCCCCGGCGUGUCUUUUCUUAACCUUCCAUUCUGCAACUACCCGCAGAGAGCUAGUCCUACCUCCGCCGGAUCGGUCGAAUUCGAUGAACUUGUCAAGGCUCAGCAAGCAUUUGAAGAGAUCAUAUCUGAUGCGUCUAGAUAUGACGGGCUGCCGGCGGAUAUGAAGCGGGGCGAGACCGCCAUCCGGGACUUGAGGUCCGUUGUGCGCUAUUCCAAGCUUCCCUCAAAAAGUGAGCUGGACAUGGAAUUCCACAACUUUAUCGAGAAGGCGGGUAAAGCUUCCUGGGACCUUACACGCUUUAACUCUCGGAUCGGCUCGGCAGUGGAUAAGAUGCUCAGUACGAACAAGUGGACUUUGCGAGUCAUUGACGACAUCAAAGAUGCCGAGGACGGGCGGGGUUCCGUUGACCGCUUCAUCUGGGACCAGUUACUAUGGGUCAUCUCGCCGCAUCGAAACCCGCGCGAACGGCUCGUUUCUCAAUAUUUAACGCACACCCAAAAGGUCGAGGACGAGAUCACAACCCUCAUUGACCAAGCGGAUGCUUUGCUCGGGAUCCUGGACAGCCUCGAAAGUCAUCUCGGCGCUAUACACGAGAUCUCCGUUCGCGACGAUGUGAGCCUGCAGGGCAAGCGCGAGGAGUUGUUCCUCGACCUCUGGACGAAGCUGGGUGGCAACCGGUCCAAUGUCAAGAAGCUGGACCAACAGAUCCAGCUACUCAAGAAUGUCAACAUGUACCGCCGCACCGCGGUUAGUCACGUCAGCUCGACUAUGGUCAAGCUCCGCGCCAUCGCCGUCAGUCUGGAGGAUAUGCGAGAGCGCGCCGCUACCCCUGACGUCGUGGGUGUCGAUGGCGAGGUGCCAAUCGUCCUUCACAUCGAGAACAUUCAGCGGGGUCUCGACAGACUAGAGGCCCAGCGUCUGGAACACCAAAGAUCCGUGGAUGAAAGGCAUCGAAGAAUCCUGGACGCUGCAGAAGCCAGCGACGCUAACUCAGGCGCUGGUGUCCCUGAAAGCCGCAUGAUUGACUAA